AUGGAGAUCCUGUUGGCAAGAUAUAUGCUCACUCCCAAUCCCUGGAAAGUCCUCAUCAUCCUCGAAGAGCUACAGAUCCCCUACGACCUCAAGGAAAUCCCAUUCGCCGACAUCAAGCAAGAACCAUACAUAUCUCUCAACCCCAACGGCCGCGUCCCCGCCAUCGAAGAUCCAAAUACAGGCAUCACGCUCUGGGAGUCAGGAGCCAUAAUCGAAUACCUUAUCGAAACGUACGACGAAGCAAAGACUUUGCAAUACACCUCAUUCCCAGAAAAGCAUUUGCAGAGUCAAUGGUCGUAUUUCCAGGCUUCGGGGCAAGGACCGUAUUUUGGUCAGUUGGGAUGGUUUUCUUUCUAUCAUCCUGAAAAACUCCCGUCUGUCCUUGACAGGUAUAAAGCCGAAGUUCGCCGCGUUUUAGGCGUGAUCGAUGCUCACCUCACCAAAACCCGGCAGGAGUAUCUUGUUGGCGAGAAGUUGUCGUAUGUGGAUCUCAUGUUCGUGCCUUGGCAUGAAAUCGCGCCGAAGCUUUUGGUGGGUGAGGGUUUCCUUGAAGAAUGGGAGAAGACUUGGCCGAAGACGUGGGCUUGGCAUCAGAAGUUGAUGCAAAGGGAGGGUGUGCAGAGGACGCUGGCUUUGAGGGAGUCGAAGUAA